AUGCCAAAUUUACACGUACAUUAUUAUAAUGGGAAUAUCAAAUUGUUCCGUCAAGAACUUGAUGGAUCCAACAACAACAACAACAAUAAUGGUAAUAAUGCUGGCAACAACAACAAUAAUAACGGAGGAGGAGGGAGUGCAUCAGGUGGAAAAAGUUGGACUAUGAGUGGAUUUACAAGUUUACCAAGUAAAUCUGAUAUCAAUGAAAGGGAUUCUUUUGGUAGAACCGUCCUUCAUCUCGCCUCUUCAUCACUCACUUCGAACGCAUAUACAUUCUUCACUUUACUAUUACGAAACCCGAACAUCUCAGUGAAUUUACAAGAUACAGAAUCGGGUUACACAGCAUUACAUAGAGCAUUAUUCGUGGGAAAUCUAAAAGCUGCAAGAGAUCUAUUGUCGAGGAAUGAUAUUGAUACAAGUGUAAAAGACUUAGAAGGUAUGACUGCCUUUGAUUUAUAUAAUGGAACUGUAGAAGGAACGAAUCCACCUCAUGAUAUCGAUGGAUCUGAUCUAUACGUCUGGGGAGUUAACCGAAAUUACGCUCUGGGUACUGGCGAUUCAUCUGAUAAAGUUUAUCCUGAUCAUAUCAACUUACUUACUCAAGCACAAGCUAGUGGCAGAUCAGAUACACUUGGACGAUUUGAUCAUGUCGGAGUGAAAAAAGUUGUCAUGGCAAAAUUACAUACAGGAGUAGUCACCACUGAAUCAAGAGGAAACUUAAGUUUAUGUGGAUUUGGUGCGAAUGGAAGAUUAGGCAGAUCUGUCCAUUCUCAAUUAUCUUUAUUACCUUUACCGGAUUUACCAUAUACGAUAAUAUCAAUCGCAUUAGGUCAAGAUCAUACACUCGCUUUAGCUUCUGGAGGAUAUAUAUUAUCUUGGGGUCAUAAUAGGUUUUCGCAAUUAGGUUAUAUGAUUGAACAACCAGACAAACCAAUUCCGGGUACAAGAGAUGGAGAUGAUUUGGUGCAACUUACUCCAAAGAAGAUAGUCGGCCCACUCAAGAAGGAAUUCGUAAGAGGUGUAGCUGCUGGAAGGAUGACAAGUGCCUGUUGGACCGAUGAUGCAGUUUGGACUUGGGGUACAAAUGCAGGUCAUCUAGGUUAUGACAAAGCUUCGAACCCCGUUCAAAUCGUUCCGAGAAGAGUUACAUCUAUCACUCAACCAGUUAUUGAUAUCGCAUUUUCAGAUUACGCAAUGAUCUGUCUACUGGAUACACACGAAGUAUUGUGUUUCCAUCGUGACACAUCGUUCAAAAUCAGUUUUUCUACUCCACGAGUCCUAUCGGAAGCUUUCCCUUUCAGACCCCCACAGGCCACCCUAAAACCCAUGAUCAGGAAAGUCACAAGUUGUGGUACAUCGUUCGCAGCACUAUCUUCCAUUGGUGAUGUCUUUACAUUCUCCUUGCCCAACCCACUGGACGAUCUACCCAAAGAUACGAGAGGAGGACAUGUGACCGUCAAGCCGCAGAUGAUCUGGGCUUUGAGGAAGAGCUUUACUGCUGUUCAAGACGUUGCUUUGGGCUCAGAUGGUACGGUCAUCAUAUGUACUCAAUCUGGACACGUGUUUGUUCGACAACGACUAAAGUCUGGAUCUGGUCAAUUGAAAUUUCGUCGCAUACCAUAUCUACAACGAGUGAUCAAGGUCGCCGUGAAUGAAUCUGGAGCCUUUGCUGCCAUUCGAGUGGAUGCCAAAGCCUCUCCUAUAGCCUCAAGUGGGAGAAUUUUGGAGGAAGAUCUAUACCUACUUCAACCGCAUAUCAGAAGAUUCGAUGAUCAAAUGACCGCUGAUGAAUUUGAAGAAGCACUGAAGAAAAAGGUUGAAGAUGAGGAAGAAGAUGAAAGUACGAAUUCUAUCGCAAAGGAUCUAUCCGUUGCAUUUAGGUUUUGCACCAUCCUUAGUAGAUGGAGAAACGAUGAAGGUGAUUCGUUAUUCGCUUGGAGCGAUCCACUAUUAGGCAGUGACGUCCAACUGGUGGUGAAAGAUCUAGCUAUACCAGCUCAUAGCGUCAUUCUCGCUUUACGGGUACCGAAAUUCAAAGCUUUACUCUCAGGAAAAGGUAGUCUCGAUCAUUUCUCACUAGGCAAAUAUCAUUCGUCCAGAGCUAUACACGUAAAAGCUUGUCAUCCGCUCGCGGCAUUGUUACUACUUCAAUAUAUCUACUCGGACGAUAUCGCAGCUAUAUGGGAUGCAAGAGUGGCUAGGGCUGUUCAAGAUAAAUUCGCUUCCCUUAAAUUACCUUUAGGUCAAAUCAAGUCAGAUCUCAAAUCACUCGCUGACGAGCUCGGGUUGAUGCCUUUAUCCAGCGUCCUUAGUUCAGCAGGCAAACAACCGAUAUCACAAUCUACUCUCCCUACUGAUCUUUACGCUUUCUUCACAUCAACCUCAACGCUCACUCCUUCCCCUGCCACUCAGUGUGACGUCACGUUGGUACUUGCAGACAAGGAAGUGUCUUGCAACUCCAUUGUACUGCGAUCUAGAUGUCCGUUCUUUGAAGCUAUGUUUGCGGAUUCUGAUUGGACCGCUAGAAGGAAAGAUGAAGGAAGGGUAACAGUAUAUAUGCAACAUCUGAGAUGGACACCGAUGCGUCUAGUCUUCAGGUUUAUACACGAAGGAGCGGAAGACAAACUGUUUGACUAUCUUCACCAAGAGACGCUCGAUGGAUUUUUAGAUUUCGUUUUCGAAGUUCUUGCUGCUGCUACCGAACUAUUGCUUGAUCGUCUCGUACUCGUAUGUUCCCGAGUCAUCAUUCGCCAUUGCAAUGCCUUCAACGCAGCUGCUCUUGCGACGGAAGCUGCAUUUUAUCAAGCAAAUGAACUCAAGCUCAGUAUCUUCGACUACAUCAUCUCAUGUAUGGAGACAAUGCUCGAAUCUGGUCUCCUCGAUGAAAUGGGUACGGACGUACUUCAAGAUCUGAGUGAUGUCAUUGCUCAGAAACAAGGUUCCAAAUUGUCUGUGUCAAGAAGUCACAUCUUGACCAAACAAGCUAUGGACAAGCAUCGGGAAUGGUUAUUACUCCAAGAUAUCCCUCAACCAAGAGUAAGACAAGCAAUUAAAUGGAGACCUAAAUCACCAGCAUUAUCACCUGUUGAUACCAUGACUUUAUCAUCUACAAUAAAUAAUCAAGAAAGACCUAAAGUUCCCGCUUCACCAAUGAUGUCGCCUGAAUUCCAACCUUCCGCCGCAGAUGGGAUAUUCCAAAUGGAUGAUGAUCUCCCAGCAACACCUUCCACUCGUUCUGGAACUAUGACACCGAGGGCAAAUAGACCCAUCACACCAUUGGACCUUGGUGCUGUAUCAUCGAAUAGCAAAGGAGCAGUUUGGAGAUCAAAGACGGUUGAAACUGAAAGGGUGGAUUUAAGAAGUAUCAUGGCUGGUGAAGUGGCAAAGAAAACGCCCACUCGGCCAUCUGCAACUUCUAAUGGUGUUCUUCUGGGAGCAGGGUCAUCGUCACCACGUCCUAUGCCUACCCCUUUGUCUACCCCAAGUAAACAACCUAUGACAGCGAAAACUCCACCUUCUUCUGGUCCAAUGUGGAGACCUGUUGAAACACUCAAAUCAUCAUUUUCUUCACCCUCAACCCUGACAUCAACCCUAUCUCGUCCAACAGGACCUCAAGCUUCUCCCGCAGCAUCAAGAACUACUUCAAGUAAGGUGAUCACUCCGGUGAAAUCCGCACCUCCAACAAGAUCACAGAAUUUUGGAAUUGGACAUGGACCUGUGAUGGGACCAGGACCUCCACGUAAAGUUUCGGGACCAGGAGGUGCAGCAUGGUCCACACCAAGUUUCACUCCUGCUCCUUCAAUUCCAAUAUCAGUAUCACCAAUCACUCAAUCAUUGUCUUUAGUAGCUAUCCAACAGCAGGAACGUGAUAUAGCAGAAAUGAGUAGUAAGAAACCCGCGAAAAGCUUAAAACAGAUUCAAGAGGAGGAGAAGGCAGCCGAAAAGGAUAAAGCUCAGGAAGAAGAAUUCAUGAGAUGGUGGGCUGAAGAAGAAGCUAGAUUAGCUAAUACAUCCACGAGUGCAAAUACAAAUACGAAUAUAACCAAUAAUCCGAGAGGAGGUAAAGCAAAUAGAGGUGGUAAAGUAAGAACCGCUACUACUAAAGGGAAAAAUGCCAAAGCAGGAGGUAAAAACGAAUCACAGUCAGCCGAAAAACCGGAUCCCCAAACGAAUAACAUUAUUAAUACAAAAGGAGGUAAAGGUAAAAAUGAGGUUGGUAACAAACAACCGAAGCAAACAAAACUAGUAGAAAGUCAAUCCAAGCAAUCAGGUGCAGGGGAUAACUCAUCACAUCGCCAACCACAAACACAAUCACGAUCAAAUGGUAUCUCUUCAUCCCAGCAACCUUCGAAACAUACAAAAGGCAUCUCAAACCCGUCAAAUAACCCGCAUAUCUCAUCAGUGUCGACGAACCACCCUAUAAUAUCUUCAGCAGCAGAAUCUACACAUUCACUACAACCGAACGCCUCUUCCUUCAUCCCAAAAGCUGAUGCAGCUACUUUCGUACCCCGUUUUGGUAAACAAUAA